AUGGCUGAUCGGUACAUCCCCGAGCAUCGCCGGACCCAGUUCAAGGCCAAGAACACCUUCAAGCCCGACGAGCUGCGCCGCCGCCGCGAGGAGCAGCAGGUCGAGAUCCGCAAGGCAAAGCGCGAGGAGAACUUGGCCAAGCGACGAGGUAUCGGCACCGGUGACCAGCGACCCGGCGCCUCCCUGGGCGCUGCCCCCGACAGCGACGAUGACACUGCUCCGACAGAGAGCCAGCUCAAUGAGGACCUGCCCCAGAUGGUCCAGGGCGUCUUCUCGGAACAGAUCGACCUCCAGAUCCAAGCCACCACCAAGUUCAGAAAGCUCCUGUCCAAGGAGCGCAACCCUCCCAUCGAGGAGGUCAUCAAGACUGGCGUAGUUUCCCGAUUCGUCGAGUUCCUGCGGUCCCCGCACACCCUAGUGCAGUUCGAGGCUGCGUGGGCCCUGACCAACAUCGCCUCCGGCUCGGCCACCCAGACACAGGUCGUCAUCGAGGCCGGUGCCGUGCCCAUCUUCGUUGAGCUCCUCGGCAGCCCCGAGCCCGAUGUCAGGGAGCAGGCCGUGUGGGCCCUCGGCAACAUCGCCGGAGACAGCCCCUCGUGUCGCGACUACGUCCUGAGCUGCGGUGCCCUCAAGCCGCUCCUGAACCUCCUGGGCGACAGCCGCAAGCUGAGCAUGCUCCGAAAUGCUACGUGGACUCUGAGCAACUUCUGCCGAGGCAAGACUCCUCAGCCCGACUGGAACACGAUAGCACCUGCCCUCCCGGUCCUCGCCAAGCUGGUCUACUCUCUGGACGACGAGGUCCUCAUCGACGCCUGCUGGGCCAUCUCGUACCUGAGCGACGGCUCCAACGACAAGAUCCAGGCCGUCAUCGAGGCUGGCAUCCCCCGCCGCCUGGUGGAGCUGCUGAUGCACGCUUCCACCUCGGUCCAGACCCCUGCUCUGCGCUCUGUCGGCAACAUCGUUACCGGAGACGACGUUCAGACCCAGGUCAUCAUCAACUGCGGUGCUCUGCCCUGCCUCCUGUCGCUACUGAGCUCCAACAAGGACGGCAUCCGCAAGGAAGCGUGCUGGACCAUCUCGAACAUCACUGCGGGUAACAGCCAGCAGAUCCAGUCCGUGAUCGACGCCAACAUCAUCCCGCCCCUUAUCCAUUUGCUCUCUAAUGGCGAUCUUAAGACGAGAAAAGAGGCUUGCUGGGCCAUUAGCAAUGCCACAAGCGGCGGCUUACAGAAGCCGGAGCAAAUUCGCUACCUUGUCUCGCAGAACUGCAUCCGGCCCCUGUGCGAUCUCCUUGCCUGCCCCGACAACAAGAUCAUCCAGGUGGCCCUCGACGGCCUCGAGAACAUCCUCAAGGUGGGCGACCUGGACAAGCAGGCUGCUGGCGACGCCGGCGACUCGAUCAACCGCUACGCCCUCUUCAUCGAGGAGUGCGGCGGCAUGGAGAAGAUCCACGACUGCCAGACCAACGCCAACGAGGAGAUCUACAUGAAGUCCUACAACAUCAUUGAGAAGUACUUCUCGGACGAGGACGAGAACGCCGACGAGGGCAUGGCUCCUCAGGCCCAGGGCGCCAACGGCACCUUCGGCUUCGGCACCAAUGGUGCCCAGGGUGGCUUCAACUUCGCCAACGGAGGUGACUCGAUGGACAUGUAG